AUUGAGGGGCAGUUCAGCGUUAAAUGAGGUGGCUGUGAAUCCCCUUGUAGUUGAGAAGUAAAGCUGCCCUGAACUUGGCCCACACAGCAGCAGUCGACUUUCCUGUUAACGCUGUGGCUCAUCUCGACAGAAAGCAGCGCAUUUGAAGAUGAUGCGAUUGCUGUUCCUGUGUCUGCUGCUGCUGCUGCCAGCUGCUUCUGCUGUUUCAGAAGAGAAUGAAGGAUCAGCUGACAGCGAUGUGGAUGAUGAGGAUUUAUACCAGAAAGCGAAGUCACCUAUGGACAACGGGCUUGAUCCUGGCACCGCAGAUAAAACUAAAGGUGCAGACGACGACCCGGAUAAAUCGACCCUGAUCAUCAUUGUUGUGGCUGCAACAGUCUUGGCUCUUUCAGUCGCAGCAAUAGUCACCAUAAUGUUAGUAAGACGCCAAACGCACAAGCGGCAGCAAGGGAUCUACUCCGUGCCGACAGAACAGGACCAGAAAGGGGCCAUCUAAUUCCUGGAGGAGCAGCAGUGGCACUAUAACACACAGGCAAGAGAGGAGCGAUGCAUCAGGCUAUGUUAUCUCCACCUCUUUGACUCAGGACAGUUGGACUUCUUUGCACAACAGCCUGCUUCUCACUGCUCACUUCACUCCUACACAACCUCCUAUACAUGUGUAACUGCAAUCCGUGUGUUAUUUUUUUCUCCCGUUAUAUUCUUUUGUGUUUGUUCCCGCUGUUUGUACUCCACAUACACACAAUUUAGCCUGGGACAUUUGGAAUACAUUCAAACCUUCUAAUUGGAUUCUAUUUGAGGAAUCCAAAUCAAAGCCUGUGAAUAUGGCUUGAAGCUUCUUUUGUUAAAAGGGAUCAUUUAGAACAGCUAGAGCCCCCCCCCCUUUUUUUUAAUUCAUUUUUUUUUUGUUUGCCGCAUGAAACAAGAAAUUAUUCCCACUAGCUAUGCAGAGAAACAGAAUUUGAUUUGGUGCAUGUGGAACAGACCUGUCUCUGUGAAAUGAUCGUUGAGUUAGACAAAUCAUGCUAAUCCACGCUAAGCCAGCCCAGCGCUCACUUGAUUCUCUUAUUCACUUGUCUGACAUCUUCUGUUCCUGGCCCAUUAGGAGUGACAGGCGGCGGCGUAAUGGAAAGAUUAAAAACCUGUUCCUCCUCUUCUCAACUUCAGUCAAAAAAAGAAAAGUAACAAGUGGAAAGAGCCAAUGUGAACAUCUUUUUUUUUCUCCCCAAAUGCUGCAAAUUAAUUGACCACCGUGAAUGAUGAAGUUUUCUUUUCUCCUCCCCCUUCUUUUUUUCUGCUGUUGAAAGGCUUUCACUUUAGUCCUGCAGAUUGUAAAUAGCUCUCUGAAUGCUGUGGAGAAUUAGAUUAAUGCCUCCCACACUGGUGGAGAGACGCUUGGUGUGAGGCGAGGAUAAAAUCUGAUGAUUGGGAAAAUACCAACAAUGCCUUUGUUUCAUUCAUGUGGAGCAUGAAGGCUUCUCCAAUUUCAUUUAAAUGAAAUCAAUCACACCGUGUGAAGGAAGGCUCUCCAUCCAGGAACUUAAGGCACCGGUUGCCUUGUUUUGUUUGUUUGUUGUCAGCGAAGGUUAACAGGGAACAGGACCGUUUGACAUGUCGGUUUUUCAUUGAUAACAGGAAUAGUUACAUGCAGUUAAACACUGGAUUUGUCAAAGCAGGAUCUCACUUGCUCUUCCACUAAAUUUUGCAGCUAAUCUGGCCACUGGGGGGAAGGGCUGAGAGCAAAAGAAAAGGUUGUGUAGUUAUGUCUUUAUCAUUGUAUACAGCGACUUACUGGUUUGUGCCGAUAUGCCAUCUUUGAAACAACGCUUCCAAGUUGAUGUAACACAGACAAAAUUGGUGUAUGUGAUUGUUUGUGCAUUUGUGUUCCUGUCCACAUCUGAGCGCUGUGCACACAGUGUGUUAUUUCUCAGAAAUGUAGCAUUGCUCAAUAAGCCCUCGAUAUAUAUCAGCAUUUCAAAGGGAGGACAGUUUGACAAAAAAAAAAUUGCAGUACAAAGCAUUUCAGUUU